UGGACUUCGCUUCCUUUUCGAUAAGCCAUUUGGCCUGCGCUUGAGACUUGAUUUGUAUGUUGAAAAACUGCCUAGAGGGUAGCUUAUAAGUAAUACACCAUGAACUCAUCGACCCGCCUCUACGAGCGCCUCGGUCAAAUACCGCAGGACCCCGGAGACCCUGAAAGCUUGGAAGAUCUUGUCGUAUGCGCAUUCGGAGCCUUUGAGAGAUAUUACGUCUGCUGGAAGAAUCGGGGUGGCGAGUACAGGCAAGACGGAUAUGACCUUCCACCCGCCCUCCAAGAAUGGCUCUUUCCCGCCGAUGGCUCGAGCCGCGACUUUGCGACACUCCAGGUGGUAUUCGGACGCGGCGACGAGUACUUUGCGUCGGAUAAGAAUGGCAAGCUAGAGUAUAAGGAGCCGGAGAAGAAGCUACCGCCACCACCGCCCCCUGAAGAGAUAGAAGAGAAGCCGGUGUUGAGGAGGUCGAGAACGGUGUCGUUCCUGAGGCCGUUGUCGGAUACGAGUACCAAGCAGACCAGCCCGGCCAUGGAGACUCCCUCUAGCAGACGGUCAUCAGGCGCUUCGCAACAAGCCUCGCGUCCGCCGAGCUUGGCUUUCUCCGCCAGGUCAAUGUCGGAUGCUUCAUUUACAUCACAGCCUGCAUCUCGACCUCCAAGCCUGUCGUUCUCUCGCACGUCUUCGGAGUCUUCGUUUAUCUCGCAGUCCGGGUCGCGACCGUCAAGCACAACAAGCACUCUUUCAUCCAGGCCUCCAUCAGACCCAGAGGUCAAGCCCAUAGACACGUCCUUUGAACCUGUUUACAGCGACUCACCGAACGCCUCGCCAGUAGCUGCGCCAAUGCGGCUGACGAGGAGAUCGCGACCACUAAGCAUGUCCUUCAACUCGGUGACCUUCCCCCGCAUACCGGAAGGCAGACAAUUACUGCCCCCAGAGCCCACGCCACCGAUCCAAGACACUUACAAAUGCACAUGCGGCUGCCACGACUCGCCCAAACGAAGGCCUACCUAUGCCGACGCUGGCGUCCAGACUUCGCCCCUCACCCCGCCGCCGCGGACCGCUCUCCGCAUCGACACCACUACCACGACUACCUCCCACUUCCCGGCCUACCACAGCAACGAAUCCUCCGCGCUAGAUGUACAGACUCCGCAAGACGAGGUCUACGAGCCUAACCCUGUCUAUAUGGGCCGCAUGUUUGAUUACUUUAGCAAGCCUGGGUAUCAGCUGGGUGAUGGUUUGUCGAGCGGUUACUAUUACUAUCAGCAGCCUAUGUAUGAGUACCAGGAAGAGUUUGAAGACAUGGCGUCGUGACCGGCAGCGGAUGGGGAAGAUUGAAUGCAGGCUC